AAUGUUGGGACUCUGGGAGAUCACACCGCGUCUUCACUUGUCAAGACAUCCCUUCCGUCAGCAAACAGUAGCCUGUAACCAGAAACCAGUAGCAGUCAUUGACAAUUGCUAACUCCCAUGUCAUGCUCGUGGUGGCUCUUUCCGUUGCCGUCCUCCUCCUUGCGAGGGGUUGCUCUUCUCAGCUCACCCCUGACUUCUACCAGGAGAGCUGCCCUGACCUCUUGCCCACCAUUCGGUAUCAAGUCCAGUUAGCAGUAAACCGACAGCCACGGAUGGGAGCCUCCCUGCUUCGCCUCUUCUUCCAUGACUGCUUUGUCAACGGAUGUGAUGGAUCUAUUCUAUUAGAUGACACAGCAACAUUUGUGGGUGAAAAGAAGGCAGCUCCGAAUUUGAACUCUGCAAGAGGGUUUGAGGUGAUCGAUGCCAUUAAGGCAGCAGUGGAUGAGGUUUGCCCUGGUGUUGUCUCAUGUGCUGAUAUACUCGCCCUUACUGCUAAGGACUCCGUCGUUGAGUUAGGUGGACCAAAUUGGAAUGUGAGGCUGGGAAGGAGGGAUGCUAAGACAGCGAGUCAAGCUGCAGCAAACACCAGCAUCCCACCUCCCACCAGCAACCUCAAUCAACUCAUCUCUAACUUCCAGUCACAUGGUCUCUCUGUCCAAGACAUGGUUGCACUGUCAGGCGCUCACACCAUUGGUUUCGCAAGGUGCACCAACUUCAGAAGCCGCAUAUAUAAUGAGACGAACAUAAAUGGUUUCUUUGCCGAAACAAGGCAACCGUUCUGCCCCAGCAUCGCCGGCUCAGGGGACAACAACUUGGCACCUCUUGACUCCCAAACCCCAAGACUCUUUGACAACAGCUACUUCGAUAACCUGAUUGCCAAGCGAGGCCUCCUUCAUUCUGAUCAGCAAUUGUUCAAUGGUGGCUCCACAGAUUCCCAAGUGAGAGCUUACAGUGAAGACCCUGAUUCCUUCGAGAACGACUUCGUCACCGCCAUGACCAAGAUGGGGGACAUCCAGCCUCUCACUGGUUCCAAUGGGGAGAUCAGGAAGGACUGCAGGAGGGUGAACUAAGAAGCAGCCAAUGCUUUUUCUUCGUGGUAGAGGAGCAAAGCGUGGAUUUGCCCUGCCUGAUCCGCGCAAUCAUAUUUUGAUAUUUUCUAUCUAUUCCUCUGUUUCCCGUCCCUGAAUAGGUUCCUUAUUGACAAGUGUUUCGUUAAUCAGCCUAGUGGAUAAUCUAAAAGAAGCAAAAGGAAAGGUGUUUGAUGAAUUGGCGACCUGCCAAUUUCAGUAAA